AGCGGGACCAGUCUGUUCAAGGCACCUUUUUUCGUUGUCUCCGUGGCAACUGAGUCUGGAAUUCUCUAAACACUUGCUAUCACCCCACUGAGGCGGAAGAAAUAGGAAUUGUUAUUAGCAAGUGGAGGCCAGGACAAAUUACGUUUAAAUGCACUUUCCCCCAGUUGGAGACAGAAAGCUAUAGCCUAGAGCGCGUAAUUUCCUCGCUUCUUCGCCUAGGAAAACUUGUGUCUCCUGUCACUAGAGCGCCAGGACCUGAGCCAAGGGUUUGCUGGCCUAUCAGGAUAAAGGUUAUUACUUUAGUGCCUGACUUGUCCAAUGAGGAGUAUGCUUCUUAGGUGAGGGAAUUUGCCUGACCUAGGUCUGUUUUCUUAACCCCCAACAUUAGGCAUGUUUGUCUUCUCAGGAAGUGUGUCCUAAAUCCCCGGCCUAGAAAUCAAAGUCGCCUUCUCUGACAGCAGGAGCGGCAGGGGGACACCGGGACACUCCGUGGCUGAAAAUGGAGUCAGUGAGCUUUGAGGAUGUGGCUGUGAGGUUCACCAAGGAGGAGUGGGCUCUGCUGGAUCCAUCCCAGAAGAAGCUGUACAAAGAUGUGAUGCAGGAAACCUUGAGGAACCUGGCUGCUAUAGGAAACAAGUUGGAAAACCAGAAGGUUGUAAAUGAGUAUGAAAAUCUCUGCAGAAAAUUAAGCAGCCAACUGGUAGAGAUAUUCUGUGAAUAUAAAGAAAGUCUUCAGUGUACAGAACUCUUCAGUUGUAUUCCAGAGCCUUCUGUGAACCUGAAAUCUUGCCCAGGACUUCCCACAUGUGAGAAGCAUGUGUGUGGAGAAGGGAGCAUUGGCCAGUCAUCUCUAGGUGUACCCCUAAAUCAUCAGGUAGGACCCAAAUCUCAUGAAGACCAGGAAUAUGGACGGAAGUUGUAUAAACAUAAGGAGUUUGGGGGCAGUUCCCGUUCUCCUCUGUCCCUUCGGACUCAUAAAAGUGCUCACACUGGAGAGGAACCUUCUAAAAAUAAGGACUGCAAAGACCUUCUUUAUCUCCAAUCUGGCCAAAAGAAUGAAGAACAUGACCAUGGAAAAAAAUCCUUCGUUUGCAAGCAAUGUGGGAAAGGCUUCACUCACCCCAGUCCUUUACAAAGGCAUGAAAAGAGUCACAGUGUUCAGAAGCCCUAUGUGUGUGAACUAUGUGGGAAAGGCUUUGCUCGGUUUGGUAACCUUUUAAGACAUCAGACAACUGACACUCGCGAGAAUCCUUUUCUGCCUAAUCAUAAUGGGAGAACUUUGCCUCAUUCUGCUUGUCUUCGAAGACGUAUGGGAAUUCACAGUGUUAAGAAGCCCUAUGUGUGUGAGCAGUGUGGGAAAACUUUCCUCGAUUCUACUUACUUUCGAAUACAUAGAAGGAUUCACACUGGUGUGAAACCAUACGUGUGUAAGCAAUGUGGGAAAGCCUUCACUGCUUCUCGUUACCUUAAAUCACAUGAACUAACUCACACUCGGGAAAAAUCUUAUGUAUGUAAGCAGUGUGGGAAUUCCUUCACAUUUUGGUAUCAAUUUCAAAAGCAUAAAGUAAUUCACAGUGGUGUGAAUCCCUAUGUUUGUAAACAGUGUGGGAAAGGCUUUACUUAUUCCAGUUCCCUAAAAACACAUGAAAGAAUUCACACUGGUCAGAAGCCCUAUGUGUGUAAGCACUGUGGGAAAACUUUUGGUAGUUCUGGUAACCUUAAAAGACAUGGAAGUACUCACACUGGAGAGAGACUCUAUGUGUGCAAGCAAUGUGGGAAAUCUUUCAAUAAUCACAGUUCCUUUCAAUUCCAUAAAAGAAUGCAUGCUGGAGCGAACCCCUACAAGUGUAAGCAGUGUGGAAAGGAUUUGGCUUCUUCUUCCUCCCUUCAGAGCCAUGAAAGGAAUCAUUCUGGAGAGAAGCCCUAUGUGUGUUUGCAAUGUGGGAAAGCUUUCAGUUCUGACAGUUCUCUUCGAAAACAUAAAAUAAUGCAUAGUGAAGAAAAACCCUAUGUAUGCAAGCAAUGUGGGAAAGCUUUCCGUCGCUUUUUUGAGGUUCGAGUACAUGAACGAAUCCAUAGCAGCGAGAGACCCUAUCAAUGUAAGACAUGUGGGAGAGGCUUUUCGAGUUCAACUCAUUUGCGAAGACAUGCACUAAUUCAUAGUAAAACAAAUAAGGAUGUUUGUAAAUAACGUGAGAAAGUCUUGUCUUAGUUAGCUCUCACAGAAAUCAAACAACAUGGGAAAAUGUCAAACAAAUUUCUAGAGAAGCAGUUCUUUUGAAUCAAUGUGGCUUUUAAUACUAGAAGUUCCCUUCAACGACAUGGAAGUAGACACACGGAGAAUAGCGCUUUGGAGAAAAUCUGCAGGGAAUGUGAUAAAGUCUUCUGCAUUCUUUUCACUGUGGAGAAGAUGCUAAAUAGCUCACACUGGAAAGAAACCUUAUGCACACAAUGUAGAUAGCCUUUAGUUCUUAGGGGCCCUCAAAAGACAUUGUGGUAGUCAUUUUGGAGAGAAACCCUUCAUGUAUAAUGUAGUGGUUUGAAUAAGAAUGCUCCAAACAUGUUUAUAUAUUUGAAUGGUCAAUUACCAGGGAGUGGAACUGUUGAAAGAAUUACAGAUAUGGCCUUGUUGGAGCAGAUGUGAACUUUUUAGAGGCAGUGUGAAACUGGGAGUCAGCUUUGAGGUUUCAAAAGCCUGUGCCAGACCCAGUCACUCUUUCUCUGUCUGUGCCUAUGGUUCAGGAUGUAGCUCUCAGCUACUGCUCAAGCACCAUAGUGCCAGCCAUGAUAAUAAUGGAAUAAGUCUCUGAAACUGUAAGCCAGCCCCCAAUUAAAUGAUUUGUCUUACGAGAUUUGUCUUUGUCAUGGUGUCUCCUCACAACAAUAGAACAGUGACUAAGACAUACAGGGAAUUCUUCAACUCUUUCAGUCAUCCUUUUGUAGAAAUGGAAGAACUCACCGAGGGUAGCCUAAAGUAAAGAAUUUGUGAGGUCUCCAUUAUCACUUUGGCAGCACUUAAAAGAGUGUAUUCAGAGAACUCUUGGCAUUAGAAAACUUGUGGGAAUAUGUACUGGUUCAACUCAAAAUUUAAGAAACAGCAAGAAUAAUAAGGGAAAUAAGUUUCAUUAAAAGAGAUACCUGACUUUAAUGUGACAAUCUCACCCACUGAGUCUGUGUGCUGUCUUGGGUGAUCAGCCAUGCCCUGGCUGAGAUCCGCCAUGAGUAUCACUUAUUACUGGGUGUGGUGGCACGAGAAUGUGAUCCUACUUGGGAAGCUAGUAAGAAUCCCAAGUUUCCAGAACCAUCUGGACUAUAUAUUGAGUUCGUGGUAUUCCCAGGGAAACUGGGUUCCCCUUUUGGGGAUUAUGUCUUGUUAAUCAUAGAAUUUAACAAUUGAACCCAGAAGAAACCUCAAGGACUGUUUAAUAAAGUUUGAGUGAAUAGCAGCAUACCAGGCAAGCUGUAUGCCUCCGAAGGCAGUUGUCUCAUGCUGUGUCCCCAAGCCCUUAGCGCCUCUCCUUUUCUCUUUCUCUCGUCUCCCCCCGACACACACACACACACACUUCUAACUUUU